GAGAGUGCGUGGGUGGUCCGCUGCCGCUCCUGGGGUGCUCUGCUUCCUGCAGAUUUCAACUGUGAGGAAAUGUCAUUCAGGUUCGGCCAACAUCUCAUCAAACCCUCUGUGGUGUUUCUCAGAACAGAACUGUCCUUUGCCCUCGUGAACAGGAAACCUGUGGUACCAGGACAUGUCCUGGUGUGUCCCCUUCGGCCAGUGGAGCGCUUCCGAGAUCUGCGUCCCGACGAAGUGGCUGAUUUGUUCCAGGCAACCCAGAGAGUCGGCGCCGUGGUGGAGAAGCAUUUCCAGGGGACUUCUCUUACCUUUGCUAUGCAGGAUGGCCCCGAAGCCGGACAGACUGUGAAGCACGUCCACAUCCACGUUCUUCCCAGGAAGGCCGGAGACUUUCACAGGAAUGACAGCGUCUAUGACGAGCUGCAGAAACAUGACCAAGAGGAGGAAGACUCCCCGGCCUCGUGGAGAUCGGAGGAGGACAUGGCAGCAGAAGCCGCCGCGCUGCGGGCCUACUUUCAGUGAUGCAGGCAUGAAAAGUAACUCGGACAGAUCCCCACACAUACGGAAAUGGGCCCCGUUCUCCAGAAUUCUGCGACACUGGGGAAGCAGCCAGGCAACCACGAUCCCACCCUGCAGUCCUCGGCCUUUGCGUGGCAUUUCAGGACACUGUGAGCCACCAGGGCCCUGCUUCCGUCGCGACGGCUGACAGGCUAAGUUCAGAACCACAGCUUCGGCAGCCUGUACCAGC